GGAAAUAGCAAACCAGUAGACCCUUCUUCCCUGCUUUUCUUCUCAUCAUAAUCCAACAAAAAACCAGAAGGCAAAUCACCAAACAAUCUGCUCUCAAGAUUUUCUUUCUUUUCUUUUGCAUGCUUCUUUUGGUCUGAUCCUUUUAGUAGCUACUGGGUACUUGCGAUUUUUACGAAAUAAAUCAGAGUUUGCUCUGCUCGAAUGGGUGCUUGUUGGAGCAAUCGGGUCAAAGCCGAGACUCCUUCGCAUACAGGGCUAAAUUCGAAAAAUGUGAGUAGAGAUGGCAGUAAACUCUCAUCAGGUUCAAUUCCCCAAACCCCUCGAAGCGAGGGUGAGAUAUUGCAGUCUUCGAAUUUGAAGAAUUUUAGCUUCAGUGAACUAAGAACGGCUACUAAGAAUUUCAGGCCUGAUAGUGUUUUAGGGGAAGGUGGCUUUGGUUCUGUUUUUAAAGGAUGGAUAUAUGAGAAUUCACUUGCAGCUGCCAAGCCAGGUAGUGGCACGGUGGUUGCCGUGAAGAGGUUAAAUCAAGAAGGGCUCCAGGGUCAUAAGGAAUGGCUGGCUGAAAUCAAUUAUCUUGGGCAAUUGCAUCAUCCUAAUCUUGUGAAAUUGAUUGGUUACUGCUUAGAAGAUGAGCACCGGAUUCUGGUAUAUGAGUUCAUGGCUCGGGGUAGCUUGGAGAAUCAUUUAUUCAGAAGGGGUUCGCGUGUCGAGCCACUUUCCUGGAAUUUUCGUAUGAAAGUUGCCCUUGGUGCUGCAAGGGGCCUUGCAUUUCUUCAUAAUGCUGAAACUCAAGUUAUAUACCGUGACUUCAAAACGUCUAAUAUCUUGCUUGAUUCGAACUACAAUGCAAAACUUUCUGACUUUGGGUUGGCAAGGGAUGGGCCAACUGGUGAUAAGAGCCAUGUCUCUACAAGGGUAAUGGGAACGUAUGGAUAUGCUGCUCCUGAGUACCUAGCAACAGGUCAUUUAAAUGCAAAGAGCGACAUAUACAGCUUUGGUGUUGUCCUUCUGGAAAUGAUAUCUGGCCGACGAGCUAUAGACAAGAAUCGACAUUAUGGGGAACACAACCUAGUGGAGUGGGCAAUGCCUUACCUAUUAAACAAGCGUGGAAUUUUGCGGGUUUUAGAUCCUCGUCUCCAAGGCCAGUACUCUCUAACUCGGGCACGAAAGGCGGUUACCCUUGCACUUCAAUGCUUAGCUGUAGAACCCAAGUUGAGGCCAACCAUGGAUGAGGUGGUAGCUGAUUUGCAACAAAUUCAGGAGGCAAGAGAUGUGGCAAAAAGUACUCGCAAAGAGCAGAGUAAUGUAAGUAAACGAACCUCCUAUCCGAGGCCUUCUGCGUCGCUAGUGUAUGUUUAGAAGAAAUUCACAACACAGUUGAGCAGCAACAUAUAUAUAUAUAUACGUAUUCUGGAUUUUAAUUAUCUCAGGGAAAUGGUUUAAAGAGUUUGAGAUUUUGAUAGUCCUUAGGCCAAUGCAUUUCACUCUGUCUACACAUUACAGUUCACAUUGAGUAUGGAUUGGGAUUUGAUGUUUCUGUCAUACUUGAAAACAAUGCAGGAAUGUAUAUACACAUACACACAUAUAUAUGGAAAUGUAAUUUAGCUUUAGUUUCCUCUUCAAUGAUUUCAGCAUCACUUGUUGGAGUGAAGAGCCUAAGGCCUCAUGCCUACUUGUCAUCAAUAGCAAAGAACCUUUAUUCCUUAUUC